AUGGAAUCAGAGGGGGAAGGAGAAGAAGCGCCCACGCAGGCGGCGGCGGCGGCAGCGGCAGAAGAAGGCGGCGAUGAGGCUGACCUGCUGGCUCUCCUUCAGCGCCUGGGGCUGGCGCUCUCGCCCUCGUCGUCGCCAUCCACGGGCGACAACAACGGCCAAGCCAGCAGCAGAGGCGACGGCUGCGGCGGCGGCGGCCGCGGCAGCAGCCCCAUGCCGCGAGCGAGCAAGCCCGCCGUGCCGCCGCCUUCGCCGACGGCGGCGGCGACGACGGCACCUGCGCCCAUCAACGGAUCUCAGGCGGCGCCGGGGAUAAGCGCCGGCAAGAAGGUCCCCGGUUCCUCUGGGGCGGCGGAAUGGGCUCCUUGGCAAAGCACCCACAUCCAGCAGCAGCAGAAGCAGAAGCAGGUACCGUCCGCGGGGAGAAGGGUGAAUAACCAGCCCCCGAGAAGCAGCGGCCGUAGGAACGGCGCCGGCCACAGCCACAGCGGCCACGAGAGAUCCCAGAGCGACGGCGGGGUUCGCCCGGCGAACCGGUACCCCCACCGCUGCGGCGGCGGCAUCGGCGGCAGCAGCAGCCUCGACAUGGACGACCCCUCGCAAAGCGUGGGGAUGCAGGUGGGAACGGCGGCGGCUGCCGCCGCCUCCACCGUCACUGCAGAAAACGCCUGCCAAUCAAGUACUAGUAACGGCGGCGCGUCGUCGCCAUCGGCCGCCGUCGGUGGCGACGGGGUUAGCACGAGCCCCGCACGGGCGAGGGGGGGCUCCGCAACAGCAGUUUCCAAGAACGAGGGGGGGGGGCUGGGGAUGGCGGCGGCGGCCGCGGCCACGGCGACCGCGGCCACGGCGACAGAAGACGGGAUGGUGGACCUCAUGCGGCGCGAGAUAACGGCGCGGGAAGCCCUGCUCCUGGGACCGAUCUUGUGGGCGGCGACCGGGGUUACCUGCCUAAAGCUGUGCUACAACCACCUGAGGGACGGCGGGGCCGAGGCUGUGUCUGGGGCGAUCGAGCGACACCCGUCGCUGCACACGAUGGACUUGGGAUUCAACGGCAUUACCGACCAGGGGGCAGCUAGCCUGGCGAGGGGCCUCGCCCACAACAGCUCGCUGCGCACGCUCUACCUCAGCGGGAACUCCAUAGGGGCGGCGGGGGCCGGCGCUAUCGCGGACGCGCUGGCGCGCAACACGGGCCUAACCACCCUCCAUCUGUCGAUCUGCGACGAGGGCCUUGCCGGACUGGCUCGUGCGGUGGCGAGGAACACCUCGAUCCGGCUGCUCGAGCUGUGCUUCAACCGGAUCACCGCCGCGGGGGCGGAGGCGCUGGCCAAGUCCAUCUGGGGAACCACGGGGCUCAGGGCGCUACGGUUGGACAACAACCAGGUGGGAGAUCGUGGGGCUCAGGCGUUGGCGAUCGCACUCCCCACCUUGGGGCUCGAAACUCUGGACGUUGGAUUCAGCCACGUCGGCACGGCGGGCGUCGCCGCCCUGAUGCAGGCCACGGCGAACAGUCCCUCGUUCACGAGCUUGUCUCUGAGCGGCAAUGCUCUCGACGCGGAGGCAGCGAAGGCAAUACAGGCGGCGCUUGCACAACCCAGGUGCUCUUUGCGUUGCCUUUACCUGGACCACACCUCCCUCGGGAGGGCAAGCGAGGGAUUCAUCGCCAACGGGGUGCUGUCCAACCGCUCCCUGGCGCUCGUCACCCUCACGGGAUUCCGCCUGGGGUCAUCGUUCGCCAGGCUCGGUAUGCCGCCGCAGGUGGCGAACUUCUCGAACGACCAGGCUUUGGAGCAGCAGAAGGCGAACCCGCCGGGGGUGAGAGAGGGAGCGUUAGGGGCGGCCGCCGCUACUGGGCACCACGGGGGCGGCAGCGGAGGGAGGCAUCAUCCCGGGGUUCCGAGGAGAGCGGUGUCAGAGGACGCUGGGUGUCGAGGAGGGGUCGGUAGCGGCGGCGGCGGUGGAACGGAGAGAGCGGCGGCGGCGGCGGCUGUGCCAGAAGCGCUUCGUGCUUCCCUGGUUGAAGCUCUGCAUCAGAUUGCCCAGUUGCCUUUCAGCGCGGCGGAGCUCUGGAGCCUCCACCAGCACUACUUCAGCCCUCCCCUGGACCACCACCCAUCCCCGUCUUCCCGCUCGUCCCCGACCUCCGCGGCGUCCACGCCGUCCCCGUCCACGUGUCCCUCGAAAGCCGGUCCCGGCAGGACUUGGGCCGCCGCUGCCGCCGCCGCCGCCGCCGCUUGCGGCGGCGGUUUCCCAAACGGGUUGGCAACAGCGAGGGAUACAGAAGGUCGUGGCAGCAACCCUGCAGGUGUGCUGGGGCCGCCGGGCGGGGGUAGCCGCGGGUGUAGCGGCGACGAGGACGCCGAGGUCGGGGCGGGCGCGAGGAGGAGCCGGCGGUCGGCUUCGAUGGGGCAGGAGCAGGACCUGGAGGUGGACAGCCCGCCGCCUCCGAGCAAGCGCUACCGCAACAACAGCGCCGGCGCCAGCAGCAGCAGCAGCAGCUCCUCCCCCUCAACCAAGACUAGGAUCGCGUGCUUUCCCUCCGUCGAGGCUCGUGUCCGUGCUCUCAAGUCCAAGCCCGAUGAUCGGGGCAUCUUGACCGUCCUGCGGCAGCUCAAGCACCUCCAGACGGCCUCGGAGGAGGGAGGAAAAGAGGUCGGCGGCGGCGGCGGUGGUGGCAGCAACAGUGAUCCCGCCGCAGGGGGGGGGGUGGUAGACGACGGGGCGCUCGGCCCAAAGAACGACGUGAAGAACGUUCUCAAUAACGUUCUCACGGACGCACAGAUCGAGAGGAUCCUUCUGGAGGAGCUCUGAAGUGUUAGAGCCCGUGGUGUCUGUACGCACUGCGCUUGGCGCUGCUGCGGUGUUGGAUGACGGGCGAUCGAAGCUCGCCUUCCUUGCCCUCCAUUCUUCCCCUCUCUCCUGCAUACAUUUUUGACCAGUAGUAUAGGUUCUCAUGUUGUCUGCUGUUUUUUUUUUGUUGGCUGUGACACUUCGGUUUCAUUUCACUCUCAGGGUGGUGUUCCCGUGUGUAUUUAUUUAUUCUCCGUGUCCGUCUCGGUGCGGCAAUCUCCGAGCAUUUUCUUUAUUGGCUUAGCGUCUUGUACGUUAAAGAUCGCGCGGAAGAUCCUAAAAACAAGCGGCCCUCGCCGCCACCCCUCUCCGCUCCUACGGCACUAAGGCAGAGAGGGGGUGCAGGAGAGGUGGAAGGCGUGUCGUGUCCGUGUUUUUUUUUUCGUCUGGUCUUCUGGCGGAUUGGUUGGUUGGUUGGUUGGUUGAUUGCACUGCGCGAUUCGCGUGAAGCGGCUUGCCUGGGAAUCAAUCCAGUCGUCGAAGUUACUGGAUGGGGGGGGGAGGGGGGGAUCCACCCGGUCCACAAUGCUGUUCAUCGUUCUUACGUUUUAUUUCAAAUCGUUGGUGCUUUUCUUACGGGUGGGACAUUUCGAUUUCAUGCCUGGGCUUUCGCCCACAAUUUUGCCGCUGAUAUUGUACGGGGGGUGGGGGGAGGAGGGAAGGGUUGCGGAGCGAAAGCUCCCAGUUUUGCGUUGGGUCCUUGGCGGGUUGCGUUUCAGUAUUGUUCUUGUCCUGUCCUUGGGGUUUAAGUAUGGUUGCCAGCAGAAGCCCUGCACUGAUUAUAGAAUGCACAUGGUGCGGGGAAAUAAUGCGUUGGGGGGGGGGGCGGGGCGUGUGUAUUAGUGUUUUUCUUGCGAGUGUUGGCCUUUCGGCCCUCACAUAUGUAGGGUACAUAUGCAUACGGUUCCGCCGGGCCCCCCGGUUUGGUUCACUUCACUUAUUUCUUGUUGGUUGUUCGAGUACGUGUAAUUUCUCGUGGAAUUUUUGCCCCGCUAGCCUCCGAAGAGUGAGUGUACUUGUAACAUAUUUCCCUGCUGCUGCUAUUCGACAUGCCGCCAUUAUCAGCCACCACGUCGGAUCGCUUCUUUUUUUGCCCUCUGUUGCGUCUAGAGUUUCCGCGGUUGGUUGUUGUGUAGGUUCGGUUUCGUCGGACUGGCCUUGGCGCAUUUUGGUAGCCAUUUCGCCUGGUGCGGUGUUGGUCGGGUGUGAUUUGUGUAGGCAUCGAUCGCUGUCGGUCCUCCUUGCCAACGGAAAGACUAGGACCGAGAGGAGGAGAGAGAUGAGAUUGGAAGCCCCGAGGGCGGACAACAUCAGAUCGCCGCCCGUGACUGGCUCACUUCCUCGGCUGCCGAGUGUUGUAGCAGUCAUGCGCGGCAUGUGCAGUAUCUCAUCGUGCUCGCGCGUGUCGCAAGACAGGGGCGUGCGUGCGUGCGUGCGUGCGUUGUUCACCAAGGGAUCUGGAAAAAAAGUAGCUAUUUCGAGCUUGAAUUUUGUUGAUUGCUUUGGCGAGUAUUAAGAGUAGCUUUUUUGCAAAGCACCCCUAUUUGGAAGUAGCGUUUCUCGUUGUCAAUUGCGUCAGAUUUUUGGGCCUCCUGUCUUUCAGUGAACAAAGCACAGCCGGGGUAGUAGUUUUUGACGAGGUCUUGUUUUUUUUUUUUGCGAUUCUGCUGGAAAGCCACCUGCUCUGCUUGGAAAAACCUCGGUUUCGCGUGCGUACGAGGCGUUGCUUCUACCGUGUGUCCUGGCCUCGCCACCAUCAGCAUCAGCAUCAGCAUCAGCAUCUUCUUCGCGGGACACACUUGUAUAUAGUAUAGGAUACGUGCUCAGCAAGAGUGCAUAGGACAGAGUUGAGGCACUCGCUCGUCUAUGGCUGCUGCUAUUAAUAGUCGUGUCCGCUUCUCCAUUCUCUUUAUUGUUUUUUCCUCUUUUUGUCCUUGGCGUUUUUGGUUUUUGGUGUGUGUGCGAGGGAAUACAAUCAAUCAACAAAACAAGGCGACGUGUUUUGAUGUUGGUUUCGAUUUAUAGUACUUGUAGUGGCGUGUGUAUUUCGAACGGCGUUUUUGUCUUGUGCUUUGGCCCUGUUCUCACGGCAUUUCGUACGUGCUUCGACCGAAGUUUGAGACGGAAUAUGGCAGGCGCCUACCACGCGAAAGCUUCUUCCGCCUGUGUAGGUGCUGCUAAUGUUACAUGGCAGCGACGUCUGUCUGUAGUGCAUGCAGCUGCUCGUAAACUAGUAAGGAGCAGUUAUAGUGAGUGAAAAAUUUGGCUCCCGUGCAUGAUGUGUGUGUGUGCGUGUUUUUUUUUUUGUGUUUCUUCUUUUUUUCUUUUCUCUUUUGUGCCUGCCUGUUGGUCUGUUUAUUUAUCCGCUCGGUUCUAUUUACUGGCCACCGCCUGCGCGCGCGAUCAUCAUCGAGAGCUAUACCUCGGCAGACGCACGCACAGCAGUACGAGAUGCCGUGCAGUAGACCGACAAGGGGGCCGGGAACGCGAAGGCACGACGAGGCUACAAGUAAUUUAGCGUAGUAGUGCACGCCUCCCUCGUGCAAUCACUACUCCUUGUUUUUUUUUUACAGAUGAGCACGACCGGUUUGUUGUUGUUGUUGUCUGAGAAGGAUGGAGUCCUUGAUGGCGGGGGGGCAGGGGCGCAAUUUUUUGUUCCAUGGACCAGAAGAAGAGGGAGUGUGGAUUUCUGCCAGAUACAGCAAAACGGGGGAAGGGCCACGAAGUUGUUGUGUGGUGAAACGGUGAGAGCAUGGGGGCAGCAGGGGGAGAAGAAGCUGCUGCUUUUGUCGGCCCGUCAAUCUGUCGGCGGACACAGCAGUGCACGUCUAGGGGUGGUCGAAGGCUCGUCACAGGCUGAGAUUAUUAUCGUCUUUUAAACAACCUCUCUCUGCGUGUGUCGCUCUCCUCUUGCACAUUGUCCCGUAAUUUUUUUUUUUUUUGUGUUGUUGGCUUGAUGAUGGUUGUUGGUGAAGUAGGGUGAACGGGAGCGACAAUGCUGUUCUGGCUUGCUUGUUCAAUCGCUUUGCAGGACCCAAGCCCACUGUGCAGCAAAGUCGUACCCCGAAAACUGUUCGGGAUCACGGCGUUCGUUGCAGCAAGCAGCUGUAGCUGCAAAAGUACCCGUCGAUUUUUGAGUUGAUCGUGUACGGGCAACGUGUAAGUAAAUAAGGACACUAUUUAGUCUCAACAGCUGGGGGUCCGCAGCGGAUAGCCUCCUAUGUUGAUGAUGCUGCGUUAUAGCUCUGGGUAGCAAAAGUAACUGCUGGACUCUAAAGGGAUAGGAACAGCGGGAGAUGGGUGGAUGGGAGGGAGCUUUUGAGAGAGGGGUGGGGCAGCGAGAAAGGGAAUUGGGUAUUGUCUGUCGAUCGUCUGUGUUUGUGAUGGUGAUUGAGGAAGAUGGAUAGUGAAUGUUUUCGCGGACAGACGCGGCACCAACAAAUUCACGCUUUGAUUCAUUUUUAUUUUGUCCUGAAACGACGGUAGGUAUGCAGAGGUAUCUACAUGCGCACGGUAUUGUCGGGCGAGGUCUCCUUUUGGUGUGCGAUUCAAGUAUGGUCUUUUGAGUACUCUAGUGCUGUGGUGUUUGGA